AUGCAUGCAAACAGCCAAGGACGUACCGUUUCCAACAACUCUAAUACCUCGCCUCCCACAGGGGAGAAGACACCUGUCCUUCCCUGUGACGAAGAAUCAUCUUUUGCCUCCGUAGAUGAUGUAUUCUUCUUUUGCGAACAGCAGCCGACUGUAAAUCAGGAAACAUAUUAUUCAGAGUCAUUCAAGAAAACGCGUUCCAAAGACGAGUAUCCAAAUGCCGAAGGUAAUUCGAAAAAAUCCAAUGUGAGAUCGGAGAAUAAGAACUCUAAAAAAGAUUCUUCUACGUGCACAAAGGACAAAGGCCAGAAUAAAAUCGCCGCCACCGAUUGUCACAACUUUCAAUUGAAUCAUACUGGAAAGAUCGCCAAGAAACAUACUUAUUUACCAAAAAAUUUGAAAAACCCCUUUGCUCACAGUCAAAAAAAUAUUGUUCACAGAAGCUUAAAGAACUCAUUUGGACAAAAUCAGAAAAAGACAGAUAGCCAAAGAACUCACACGACUUUGAUUGAUAUACUUGUGGAGGAUUGUCGACAAUGCGCGAUUGGAGAGAAAUCAGUCGCAUCAUUUUCCAAUGUUUCCGAUGAUGUUAAAAAGGAUAUUACUGAUUGUAGAGGUACUCUUACUCAGCCUACAGAGAAAAAGUCGCCUGGAUCUCGAUUUAAGUAUAAUUGCAUAGAAUCGGCGUUGGACUCGAUUAACACUAAUAAAGACAGCAGGCAACGUUAUUACAAUAAAAUCUCAAUUGUCGAUAAUAUUACAAAGCUUAAAAAGCCCGAUGCAACCCACGCAAAGACUACAGAAAUCACAAAGAAGUUUCCUUGGAAUUGCACAUGUACUAAAACAAAGAGAAAUCUUGACAAGUGCAAGGAACAAGAGAAGAAUGAUUCUAUCGAGAGCUUUGAUUCCUACAAUGACGCAAAGCAAUUGAAAAAGAAAAAACCUGCUUGUAGUCCAUUGAAAAAAUUCGGCCGAUCGUCUCUGUCAGUGGGUGCGGACAAAAUUGCGAUAAAUUUGCCAAAGUAUUCUCCUUGCGCAAGCAGAUUAGCCGCAAGCUCAAAAAUUUUGUCGUCUGAUCGAGCGGCAGAUCCUGAGAGUCCGCUUCACGUUCCACGCUCGAGGAGUCCAUCUCACAUCGAUGUACAAACCGAGAACAACCUUUCGAAGCAUUCGGAAAAAACGUCGAUACAGGCCAGUUUAUCUCUGAACAUACAACAGUUCCAAAAGACCCGGUAUACUCUGCGUAGUAGGAGUGUAGGUGACAGCUGCGUAACGUCGCCAACAAGUGAAGCGACUACCGUGAGCUACUCGCCCACCGGUACAGAGAUAUUAUCCCUGGAAGAAGUCGGGCCGCAUACAUCGCAUACAUCGUCGGCCGAAGGCUCGGGUAGUAGUUAUUCAGAAGUCAAGGAAAAAUUGGACGCCGAAUGCUCUGACAAAGUUAGAAGAGCGACUUUAGAGACGAAGUGUUAAUGAAACGUGGACUCUCGACGACACGCCAAACAUGUGUUUUACAUCAUUCUCUCUUCCAUACGUAUUUUACGUAAAGCGAUGACGCAGUUCCGUAUGCGCGGUAAACUCCUUCGGGCUGUAAUCGUGCUAGUGAGAAACUGUACACAGAGGCGAAUAUAUACGACAUACAUUUAUAAAAUUUAUUAUAUUUCUAGAUCCGCGAGAGCAUACUUGUGCAUAUUGAAUAUUCUUAUUCUACAUAUAUACACACUGUGUGUUGCGUACACGCGUGGAUAUUAAGCUGUUUUUGCAAAAUAGGCUACAGAACGUUGUUGCGACAAAUGUGUCGAGUAUUAUUAUUUUUAUUAUCCUCCUUGAAGUUAGGAUAUUCAAUGAUUCCCGUAUGGUUGUCAAAAUAUUUCUUUGCCUCGGGAAGUGCGACGAGCAUUGAUAGCAUGCAGUGAAGAGAUAUCUCGCUGAAUAUCCGCAUUAUCUUAAUUUAUUAAAAAAUUAGUAUUGUUAAGUUUUUUAUUUAGCUAAAGCUUUUAAUUCUUUAGCUGUA